AUGCGUGGACAGGAUCCAUCGUGCCUGCCCAUUCCCUUCCCAGUGCUUGCAGCCGUCUGUCAAGAGUCACGUAAGGUGGCCCUUCGGAAAUACUACAGCCCAGAGGCAGACGCCGAGAUCCCACGCCAGUUCUGUCCCUCAGCAUAUGAGCAUGUCUGCUUUCGGUUGGGGAUCGAUAUUCUACACUUUAACUGGGACGAGGAUAGCGCAAUCCCAUACUUUUGCGCUAUUGUACGCAAAGUGCCUAACCUAAUAUUUAUCACCGCUGAGCACCUCCGGCAGGAUUUCGAUGACCCCUUCUUCGCUAUGGAUGUUCGCCUCACGAGAGUAGACAAAUAUGCAGUACGGGACCACUGGCUAGUCCAAGUACGGAUUAUUAGCUUAGAUUUCGCAGACGACGCCCAGGCGCUACAGUCCGGUUUGUUUGGGGAGUUAGAGCUAGACCCAGUGCAUUAUGUCGACCCCUGGGACUCGGAAAUCCUCCGUCGAUACCAUCAGCUCUGGCAGAUCGAGUAG